AUGCCCGGCCUCUUCUCGAGAAAGUCCAAGCCCAAACAAUCGCUCUCCCCACUCGGCGGAUCAAAGACCUAUACGGGCGCCAUCAGCUCAGCCGACAUCGAUCGCCUCGGCCUCUCGUCGCCCACGCCUAGCACCGCAGAUGCGCACCUCCUCCCAAGCGUGCCUACCAAGGACGACCUCCCGACCUUACCGCCCAAGGACGCACCCCGCAAUGCCACGCUGCCUCCAUCUUCAACGGCCUCCAAUGGCACCACCUCCGAGUUCGGUCGCUUGCAAGAUGCACCACCACCACGCCCAGCCACGCUCGCAUCCUCAUCAACCUCGGUCACCAACACCCGCCUCCUCCAUCCUUCAAACGCACUGCACACCGUAACCCCCCGCUCCAGCCUCAACCACCUACCCUCCAAUGCUCCAUCCUCUUAUACCUCGGACGUCGCACACGCCAUCGCUCAAAAGCCCCCAUAUGCAUACGGCUACUCCACCGAAGGCUGGCACAUUCAACUCGAAGCCGCACGUGUACUGGCGCUCCUCGAAGCGUGCGGCGAACAGAUCCGCAGUCGCGGCCUCGACAACCCGCUCAUCUUCUCCUCCAUGGCGCUCGAUCUCUCUCCCACCAACGUCGCCUCCCUCAUCCGCCUCUUUGCCACCACACAGCCAUUGCAGCGCGCACUCCCGCCCGCCUUCCUCGACGAGAUCCGCUACGCCAAUCCGCACGACCUCGCCGCCCUCAUCAAGUGGGGCCUCGCACGCAUGGGCCGCGUGCUCGCCGUCCCCGUCCCCGUGCCAGGCCAAAAGAAGGGCGAGGUGCGCGAGGAGAUGGUCUACGUCCACCAGCGCGGCUUCCUCGACCUCGAAGCCUACAAUGCUUGGCGCGACCACGAGCGCAGAUCCCACUACUCCCACUCCGCCUUUGACCACUUCCUCGCCCACCUCGCCCCGGACAACGCCAGGCUGCUCAGCGCCCUCUUUGAGCUGCUCUCCUCCACCGCCAGCUACUCGCUCAAGAACGGCAUGAUGCCCGCAAAGCUCUGCAAGCACUUUGGCCCGCUCCUCUUUGGCCUCCCCGAGGACGAGAGCUUCGCACGCACCUACGACGCCUACGUCCGCGCCUCCAACGCCACCGAGCACCUCCUCCUUGCCUACAUCCGCCUUCAGGCUACCAAGGCCGCCCUCCCGCCCAGACUCGCCCAGCACGUCAACGGCUACCCCUCCAUGCUCCCCACCGAGAUCACUUCGCCCUCCCCCUCUUCCAAGCUCGUCCCCGUCACCCAGAUCGAGCGCAACGUGCGACUCUACACAAUCGACCUCGUCCAGUCCGCAUGCGAGAUCGACCUCGCAGAAGCGUGUCCAGAGUGGCGAGACUGCUGCGACACGUACGAAGCCAUCGGCAGGGAUCCGCAGCUGUCGGACAAGUUUCGCAAGCUUGUCAAUCUACGCGGCGGCGCGAUUCAGGGCCGCAAAUCCGGCUCGAGCGUCUCUACGCCCGCUGCCGCCGAGGACGACGAUGCCGUCGCUGCCCACGGCUCGCUGGUUAGCAAGCGCUGGGACGAUUUCUUGUCCGACGGCUUUGGCGCGCCGGACUCGUCCAAGCUCGCGUUUGAUCUCAAGGAGAGCGCAAGGCGCAAUCGCACCGUCAAGCGCCAGAGCAUGCAGUGGACCGACUUUUCCAAGGACGGCUUCCAUGCCAGCGACUCGGACGCCCUCGCCGAUGCGCUCAGCUUUGACGAAUCCCUCAAGCACGACGUGCAGAACUGGCCGUCGGAGCGCGACCAGCUGCACGCCAAGCUCAAGGCGCGCCAGGACAAGCUGCCGCCCUUCCACUACGACACGACGCCGCGUCUGCUUGCAAGCCCGUCGCUUGCAGGCACGCCCCAGGGGAAGUUGGACGCUCAUCCCAUCAGCCGCAUGGACGAGACCUUCGCCGACGUCUGGGCCGACUUUCUGCUCGGCAGCGGCUGGAGCAACCGCGACGAACUCACCCACCGCAACGCCAACUUUGUCGUCGUCCAGUACAAGUCGCGCCCCAACGCCAGCACCGUCGGCUCCCAAAGCGCCGGCUCGAGUCUCUCGGCCCCGACGCGCUUCCAGGUCUCGUCGACGCGCAAGGACGAGAGCGUGCCGCGCGACGAGCGCAUCGAUGCAGCGUGGUUCGUAGUUCAGGAGGUCGUGCCUGCGCAGUACCGCGCCGAGCUCGAAGCUGCGGGGCGUGGCACGUCCAAGGGCCGCGCCAUGAUCCGCAAGCUCACCAUGUUCCGCUCGCGCAAGGAGCGCGAACGCGGCAGUGCGGACGACAAGAGCGCCGAUACUACCGACGACGUCUUCCGGCCCGGACCGGGUGGCUCGACUAAGCGCAUACUGCUGAGCGACCAGCUCCGCAAGACGACGUCGCGCAGUGCAUCGCGCUCCUCGCUCCGUAGUCAGGCGAGCGCCGAUCGCGACGCCGAGAUGCGCGUCAGCUCGGAUACACCCAACAUGCAUGCGCAGUACCGCAGUGAAGGCCACACGGGCGGAAGCAAGCUCAUCUCGACGCUGCGCGCCAAGAGCAUGCGCGUCGUCAAGGGCGCCCGGCGCGGUGCAUCGUCGCCCGCACUCAGCUCGCACGUGGACGAGUUCGGUGCUGGCGCUGGCGCGGGUGCGAAUGGCGCAAGGUCGCGCGUGCAGCAGGGCGAUCUCGGCGUAGACCGCUCCUUCACCAGUGCCGACUUUGAGACGCGCAGCGUGGCCGACGGCGCCGAGGAGCGCGACAGCAUAGAUUCGUUGACGGCGGCGGCGUCACAACGCCACAUGCCGGCACGGGAGGAUGCGUGGAUCGACAUCCUCGUGCGUGCCAAUGGCACCCGGAUGAGCGGACAGGAUGCGCCGCCGCCGCGCAAGGGCUCGCUCGGCCUGCCUGUCUCUGCGGACCGCAGUGCGAUCGACGAGACGGCGCAGCUCUCGGUGCCCGAAGUGGGCACCGAGGCGAGCACGCCGCGCAGUGCGCACAUGCCGCUGUCCGGAUCUGACGAGACGCUCGAGGGUGCGAGUGGCGUGCCACGCUCAUCUACGCCUCCGCUGAGUGCGUCGGCCAAAGCGACGCCCGAAACGGACCAUGCGGCGGAGAUGGGUCUUGGACUCGAGCGCAUCGAUACGGCUUCGAGCCACGGGGAUGACGAGGAAUCGCAUGUCGAGGUGGGGAUGCGCGAUGUGUCGCCCGCACCGCAAGCGGCGCCUCGGAUCGACCCGGUGGCGGCGGCGCGUGCAGCGCUCAAGUCGCGCCGCGAGAUGGCUCCGCGCGCACCGGCGCAGAUCGACGCCAAGAAGCUUGUCGAGUCGCUGCGUGCUGGGUUGAGCCCGAUCGAGGCGGUGCGUGCGAGCAAAGACCCGCGCGCCACCUCGCCGCCACUCAGCUCGCCCACCCCGGCGUCGCCCGUCUCGCCGCUGGCGGGCAAGGCUGGAUACCGCGAUCCGUUUGCCAAAGACCCUGUUGCAGGCCGCGUGGCGGAUGUAGCCUCGAGGUUCGGUGGCACAUUGCCCGCCAAAAAGCCGCAGGUAGAGGAAAGGUCGCUGCCGAGUGAGGCUGAUGAGGAUGACGAGAUAUACCCCGAAGACGCCGCGUCGAAUAUCGAUCCGAGGGAGCCGAGGUCGCCGCAGAGUGAUGGACUCGAGCUGCCCGAGGAGGUCGAGACGCUCAGUGAGGGAGGUGCCCGGUUCGCACAGCCCUACCAGCCGGGCAUGCCGCUGGAUAAUGUGCUCGAGGAGUCCGAGAGCGUGGUUAGCGGCACGACGAAUUUGUAG